AAAUUAAUCUUUGAAAAUUUUUCGUCAAAAUUUUGUAAUAAUUGAAUAUAACUAUUAGUCUACUUAUCAUAAUAUAGCCUAAAAAUUUAUAUUUUAGUUUACUUAAAUAUAUGUUUUUUUUAUAUACAUUUAUACUGAAUUUCCGCCUUGUAUAAGUACCAACUUGCAGAAAGAAAAACUUCUACACUCACAUGACCUGCGUACGUCCCAUAGCGCACAGUGGUUCCACGAUAAUAAUAUAUGACGAUAAUUCAAUAACGAGGUUAUAUCGUUUAAAUUAUUAAUAGAAAUAAUAAAAAAUAUAUUUACAAAUAGGUAUUAAUAAUCGAAUUGUUAAUUAAGAUGCUAGAAUAGAAAGUAGGAUUUCGAUACUAUACAGGUAUUGGAAAGCCAAGGAAAAAUGACAUCAGCUUUAAAAGCAUCACAACUUAAAAAAAGUUCCACUAAGGUAGCAAAAAUAUGUACAGGUCUAGGUAUCACAGUAUCCAUUGGCUCAUUUUUGGCUGAUUAUUUGCCACAUACUUUUUUUAUUGAUAGGUAUAAAACAGCCCUUCAAAUGCUUAGAGUUGGACAAGAAGUUCCGCUAGACAGUAAUUUGAAAGAAUUAUUUCAUUCAGUUUUAGACGAUUUAAAAUUGAGUAAUGAAGACAAGGAAAAAUUUGAACCCUUUACAAUUGGUGGUUUUGAAGUAUAUCAUGCAGGAAUACCUUCAGGAAAAUUUCAUGCAAUUAUUGGCUUACCUAUUAAUUUCACAUAUCAAGAUGUACAAUCCAUUGAUUCAUUAGAUAUUCGUAUAGGUCUGAACAGAGACUCACUAAAUAUUUACCAUCCUGCAGCACAAGAUUUACUUGAAUCAUUAGUGCUUUCUGAUAAAGCAAAAAAAUUUGCAAUAGCUAGAGAAGUAUUGAUGGCUCAAAACAAUGUACCAAUUUAUCGUUCAAUUGAAUCACCUAUAAUAUUCACUGCAUCAGUAAUGUCAGCUGAGUUUCUAAGAGUAAAAAUGAACUUAUCAAAUAAGCCUUUACCAUUAACAAUUUUGACUUUUGGUGUAUCAGCUGUUAUGGGAAUAAUGACCUGGUUUCAAAUAAGAGAUGCUAUUAAUACUUAUUAUGAAAAACAAGUAGACAAAGAAUUAGCAAAAUAUGGUCAAGAUUAUAUCUACGGAGGAAGAGAAUAUUACAACAAAAUUUUGAAAAGAAAUAUUGCCCUUAGAACAUUAUUAGGAGCAUAUGGAGCUAAAGUAUACAAAAAAGAUGGCGAUGAAGUUAUUACCAUUCGUCAAAAAAGAACCCCUGUCUCACAUAGAAGAAAAUUCUUUGAUGAUUACACGUUCACUGAUAAUACACAAGAGGUUAUUUAGUGAUUUUUUUCAUGUUACUAUUUUAUAAUAAAAAAACAAUGGCUUUAUAGUAAAAUGUUAUUUAUUUAUAAUUAAUACGAAAUAAAACAAUAGUUAUAAUUACAUUAAUAUAUACA